GAGCGCGGCCCCGGGGGCGGGCAGGGGAGAAUCCGGCGGCGGGCCAGCCCCGCCGUCCUUUUCCCCCCGCACGCCCGUCGACCUUGUGGGCGGAAGCUUCCCGGAGCUGCUCACGCCCGCGCCAUGGCGACUGCUGCGGAGACCGAGGCCUCUUCGACGGAUGGGAGCUGGGGAGGCUGCGGCGGCGGCGGAGACGACGGGAUGAAGCCAGCGCUUCCGGAGCCGGAGUCCUCGCCACAAGAUGGCGGCGGCAGCUUCUUCUCCGCCGCGGAGCUCGGCGGCGGCGGCGGUGCGGGGCCAGAGGAGACCGCCCGGAGCCACUGCAACGAGCAGCCUCAGCACGCUUCCGAGGCGGCCGCGGCCGCUGUCCCCAAAGGCGCCGAAGAGCCGGAAAGGCCCCUUAGGCGGAGUUUUCAGAUCCCCAGGAAGAGCAGAGAAAAGAAAGCACUUUUCCAGUCAUUAACUCCAGGCUCUAGAGAAUUUGAAGAUGUUUUAAAUAUUCUCCAUUCAUCUUACCUUGAGCCAUCCUCAGUAACACAUUUUAACUAUAGAAGAGCUUGCUUGAUACAUAAUGAACUUUUGGAAAAAGAGUUUACAGAAAAGAGAAGAGAGCUGAAGUUUGAUGGUCGAUUGGAUAAGGAACUUUCAGAAUCUUACGCAUUUCUUAUGGUUGAUCGAUAUCAGGUUCAAAGCAUAUGUGAAAAAGGAUUGCAAGUGGGCCAGUCCAAAAUAACCAUUCUUGGCAGUCCUUCCAUGGGUAUCUAUCUGUGUAGAUAUGCAGAUCUCUUACAGGCUAAUCCUUUGGAAGUUGGGGCAGUGGGAGAUGUUGUUAUUUUUAAAAUAAUGAAGGGUAAAAUAAAGAGUAUUUAUGAUCCUCUGAGUGUAAAAAGCUUGGAGCCCGUGUUGAAUAAAAAUGCUUUGGAUCCUACACCAAAGCAUGAAUGUCAUGUGUCUAAAAAUGCCAGUAGAAUUACAUCCCUUUUGGCCUACAGAGCCUAUGAGCUUACUCAGUAUUAUUUUUACGAGUAUGGCUUUGAUGAACUAAGACAAAGACCAAGACAUGUUUGUCCAUAUGCAGUUGUGUCUUUUACUUACAAAGAUGAUAAACAAACUACAAAGUUUAUGUCUUCACUGAGAUCUAACAGCUUUAAUGCAGAUAGAAACAUAGAAAGAGUUUACUACACAGUGUGGAAAGGACAACUUUUAAAUAAAGGAAAGCUUCUGUGUUACAUUUCUUUGAGGUCAGCCACUCGUGCCUUUUUGCCUAUCAAGCUUCCUGAGAAGUUAGAUGUUGAAACAGUUAUGAGUAUUGAUUAUUUGAAACAGAAAAUUUCUCCUGCAUUGUUUAAUAAAGACACAUACUUGGGUCCUAAUGAAGUUUUAAAGAAUGGGAUGUAUUGUAGUCUCUAUGAAGUUGUAGAAAAGACAAGAAUUGGAAGUAACAUGGAGUGCUUACUGCAAAAACUGGAGAAAGAAAAACUUGUUCUUGUUAAACCUUUAGGAGACCGAGGAUAUCUUUUUCUUCUCUCUCCAUGCCAGAUGAUUUCUCCAUAUGAACAUCAGAAUGUCAAGUCUCGAAUCCUACAUGCUUUGUUUUUGUUUCAAGAACCUAGAUGCAUAAUUAUCACACAAAAGGGUGUAAUGAAUCCAGCACCACAGGAAAAACAUGAGAGCAUAUCAGAUAUAUUAAAAAUAACUCAGUUUUUACAGUUUGCUUUGAUUCAGUGUCGAAAAGAAUUCCAAGAUAUAAACACUAUAAAUUUUCAUUCUGUUGUUGAAAAGUACGUAAGUGAAUUUUUUAAGCGAGGUUUUGGUUCAGGUAAGCGAGAGUUUUUCAUGUUUUCAUAUGAUUCACGAUUAGAUGAUAAAAAAUUCCUAUACUCAGCACCAAGAAAUAAAUAUCAUAUUGACGACUGCUUACAUACCUACAUUUUUCAGCCAGAAAUGUAUCAAUUACCUAUUUUUAAAUUAAAAGAGUUAUUUGAAGAAAAUCGAAAACGUCACCAAUUUAGUCCACUUUCAGAUUAUGAAGUUCAAGAUGAAGAAAUUAAUGGUUCAAAAAUGAAAUUUGGAAAACGAAAUAGCUCAAGGGGUGAAACUACUGAUGCUGUACAGCAGAAGUCGUCUCACUCUCUAGAUUAUGAUAAGGAUAGAGUCAAAGAGUUGAUUAAUUUAAUUCAGUGUACAAAAAAAAAUGUGGGUGGAGACCCAGAUACAGAAGAUACUAGAAGCAAAAAUGUCUUGAAGAGGAAGCUUGAGGAUCUACCUGAAAAUAUGAGAAAGUUCGCCAAAACCAGCAAUUCAUCUGAUAAUUACCAUCUGUAUGAAGAGUCUCCACAGUCUGUUGGCUUACUUGGACACGAUCCUAACUUGAGACUGCAACAGGAAGAGGCAUGUAACAUUGGAGACGUCCAUAAGCUUUAUAAUUGGUUAUCAGAAGCAUUAGCAAAUGAACGACACUCAGAUGCAAGGCACUCAGAUGCAUUCCUGACAGAUACAGUCAACAAGGCUUUAGGACUGAGUAGCAGUGGUGCCUGUGAAGAGCUAAGACAAAAGUGUGACUAUGAGCUGAAUCCUCCUUUAGAUAAGAAAGACUGUGAGCAGCCUGCUUGUACAAAAGUUGAAAAUGUUCAUUUUAAGGGUGCUCAGAGCCCACUGCUAGAAGUUGAUGCAGCGUCUGUAAAGUACCCUACUCUUGUUUCUACCAGUGAGGAUCCUAAUUUAAUUAAUGUCAGUAAUUUUGAAGAGUGCAGUCUGUGUCCCACUGUUUCCAUUGAGCAUGGAUUCCUUAGACAACAUUCUAAGUCACAUGAUGAAGAAGAGACAGAAAUACAUUGGAAAUUAAUUCCAAUUACAGGAGGGAAUGCAAGAAGCCCAGAAGACCAGCAUGGGAAACAUGGUGAGAAACAAACACCAGGAAUAAAAUCACCAGGAGAACCACUGGUAUGUCUGCCACCACUGGAGGCCUUUCCUCACGACCCUCGGGUAAUAAGUAGAGAAAGAAGUGCUGAUUACCAGUUUCCACCCUCUCCGUUUACAGACACUGUAAAGGGCACCACUGAGGAGGACCUGGAGACAGGUCAGGUGCUGACAGUGGAAGAGCAGUGUGUGCCAGCAGCAGAGCCUCCUGCAGUGAGUGAGACUACAGAGAACACAGUGUUAGGAGAGUUCCAUCUCUUUUCUAGAAAGAUUGAAGAGAUUUUGAAGCAAAAGAAUGUUUCAUAUGUUAGUACAAUUUCCACACCUAUCUUUUCAGCACAAGAGAAGAUGAAUCGCCUUUCUGAGUUCAUAUAUUCUAAGACUUCAAAAGCUGGUGUACAGGAAUUUGUAGAUGGUUUGCACGAAAAACUAAAUACUAUUAUUAUUAAAGCAUCAGCUAAGGGUGGGAAUAUGCCACCAGUAAGCCCUAAUCAUUCUCAUACAACAGCAUUGAAUUCCCUGGGAAGGCAUAUUGUAUCAAUUUCUUCAAGUGACUUCAACAGUAAAGACCUUUUUCAGCCACCGUGUCCUGAGCCUUUAAAAGAUAUCAGUUCUAAUGAACAGUAUUCCUCUUCGAUUGAAGUAGAAAUGAACCAGCUACACCACUGCAAGGAGUUAAUAUUGACUUCUGAUCACACUGUACCUGGUGAUACUGCCCUGGAACCAGUAGAAAAAGAAAUAACAAAAUCACCUGGCGACAUAAACAUUUCUGCACAACCUGCUCUUUCAAAUUUUAUAAGCCAGUUAGAACCUGAAGUAUUUAAUAGUUUAGUUAAAAUAAUGAAAGAUGUCCAGAAAAAUACUGUGAAGUUUUACAUUCAUGAAGAAGAGGAGAGUGUGCUUUGCAAAGAAAUAAAGGAGUAUCUUACCAAAUUAGGCAAUACAGAAUGUCAUCCAGAUCAGUUUUUGGAAAGAAGGUCAACCUUAGAUAAACUAUUGAUUAUUAUUCAAAAUGAAGACAUUGCAGAUUUCAUCCACAAGGUACCUGGCUUGGUGACUUUAAAGAAGCUCCCAUGUGUCAGUUUUGCUGGUGUUGACAGCCUGGAUGAUGUUAAAAACCAUACAUACAAUGAGUUAUUUGUGUCUGGUGGUUUUAUUGUGUCUGAUGAAUCAAUCCUAAAUCCAGAGGUUGUCACAAUUGAGAGCCUUAAAAUUUUUUUAACAUUCCUUGAAGAACUUAGUACUCCAGAAGGGAAAUGGCAAUGGAAAAUCCACUGUAAAUUUCAAAAGAAACUGAAGGAACUGGGCAGAUUAAAUACUAAAGCUCUGAGUCUGCUGUCUCUUCUAAAUGUGUAUCAGAAGAAACAUCUGGUUGAGAUUUUAUCCUAUCACAAUUGUGACUCACAAACACGAAAUGCUCCGGAAAUGGACUGCCUUAUCAGGCUUCAGGCUCAGAACAUACAGCAGCGACACAUAGUCUUUCUAACAGAGAAGACUAUCAAGAUGGUUUCCAGUUAUACAGAUAAUGGAAUUGUGGUUGCAACUGCUGAAGACUUUAUGCAAAACUUUAAAAGUCUUGUGGGAUAUCACAGCUCAGUCACAGAAGAAAAUCUUCCGCAGCUUGGUGCUAAUGAGACUCUUGAGUCACAGUCAGCUCUUUUAGAAAACGGUGAAAAGGAUGAAGAGGAUAUGUCUCUGGAUUCAGGGGACGAAAUCUCACAUAUAGAAGUAUUCAGCAGUUUUCAUUCAGAAAUAUUGGCGAGAGAGACCAAAGGAUCAAGUGGAACAGAUCAAAAAAACAAUAAUCAAAUUGAAUUGCAGUCAUCUCUUGACGUGCAAAACAGUUUAUUAGAAGAUAAGACUUCCCAUAUUGAUUGUGAAGAGAGAGCUCCUAUUGAUAGAGUAUGCUCUGAAGGAUCAGCAGAACAAGAUUCAUAUAGCAACGUUCAGGCUUAUCAAAGUCAAUUAGAAAUGUCCCGCCAGUUUAGUCACUUUAAUGUUCUCACUCAUCAGACGUUUCUGGGGACACCAUAUGCCCUUGCAUCAACUCAGUCUCAAGAAGAUGAAAAUUACUUUUUAUCUGCUUACAAAAACUUGGAUAGAGAGAAAUCUCCAUUAAGUUAAAGAUGUGUCCAAAGAUAAAUUACAAUAACUCAAAAAAAAAAUGAAAAGAAAAAAAAUAGGUUAUGGACUUUUUUUGAGUUUCUGAAAAGUGAAUUGAUGUUUUUCAAGUUUCCUAACUUUUAAGAAUUUUUUUUCUUUCCCAUUUACUUAAAUCAUGAUGACCUGUAACAUUCGAAGCAUCUAAAAAUUGAAAUAAAUAUCUUUUUUGGACAUAUUGUAAUCAAAUUAACUCAUGUUGGCACCUUCCAGUCUCACAUUUGUUACCUGUAUUUGAGCUUCAAAUUGAAGUCUGUUUUAUAUGUAAAAUUUGAUGUUUAUAAAAGAAUGGUAAAUAGAAAUGAUUUUCUUUAAUGUCAGAUGAUAACUUUGCUGAAAUGUCAAUUAUUUAUUUUGAUUAAAGCUUUUGUAUAGUGUUUUUACACAGGUAUAAGCCAGCAGUGUCAAUAUUUAUAGGAUUUUGGCUCAGUACCUCAAGCUAUAUCUAACAGUGCAAUUGCAAUUUAGCAAACCUAUGUCUACAACACCAAGUAGCAUUUUCUCAGUCUUCAGGUUUAGCUGUGUAAAAUUUUAGCUUCACUUAUGUUUUUGUCAGCCUUUUGAGAUCCUUGAUAAAUACUGUUGUGUGAUCCUAUAGUCAAAUGAACUUUUUAAGAUGGAGCAUCUGUUUUCAAUGGUAUUGGAUAAUUUUGGAACAGAUCUUUGAGGUGGUCUUAAUUAGAACUAGUUACAUACCUUAGUGCUAUACUAAAUCUAUACAAAAACUGGUAGAGAUAAAUUUCAAGCCCUUAUAUAACUUACAUCCCUUGCUUACCGAGAAUACUAUAUUGUGAAAACUGGGGCAUUUCCACUUUUAAUACAAUGAAAACAAAAUUUAUAGAAAAGAACCACAGGUUUCUGAAAUGAAUUUGAGUGCUUUGAGUAAGAGUUUAGCUCAGUGUGUUAAUAAUAGUACUUCUCAUGCCCUCAACACUGCUAACAGGUCAGAGGUCUCUAGACUCUAGCAUGGUAAGUAGAAAGUAAGUUUACGUCUUAGUAUGACAGAGAUCAUUUUUUUUAAACUAUAAAUUGUUUUAUUGUCUUUAAAAAAUAGAGCAUUUCCUUACAUAAUGUGAAGUUUUUCAUUGGGUGCUUGGAAAAUGCAGUUGAGUGGUGAGCAUAUUUAAAAUGAAGAACUAAAAUUAUCUUCUUGGUUUGCAGUUAAGGGUAUGAGAUUCGUUUCCAGCUCCUUUUGUUUCUGGAGAAGACCCUGCAAUCAUAUUGAUAGUUAGUGAAGGUGUGAUAGCCAACUUAAAUACAUGGUAGGGAAAAAUUAUUGGCUCAGGAUAGAACUGUUAUUGGACAUAGCUCAAGUUUCAUCUUUUUAAAUUUUUGUAGUGGUCCCUCCUCCUUUGGGUGUUACCUAGCUAGAGUAUUUUCUACUAUAUAAGCAACAUGGAUGAUUUCUUUCAAAAUCAUGAGAAGACACAGUCAGAGUCUUAUCUUAGCUCUGCUGAAACAGAGUAAGGGUUAUGGUGAAGUAUGACCAUCACACUUUUUUCUCUUGUUCCUUUGUGUGAGUUACCAAGGUUGAGUAAUGUGCUCAAGCUGUAUGUAACCAGAGGUAGCACUUAAAGGAUACAAGUAAAUGGGUUAGUUUUCUAGCUUUAGGAAGAAUAAUAAAGGGUAAGCAACACAUGAGACAAAUUCUUCUCAAAUACAGUGUAAUAGGCCCCCGGGUAGGUUUCAGCACAUUACUGGGUUUUAUUUUUGCUUGUAUAAAAACUUACCAAAAAAAAAAAAAAUCACAGGAAUGGAGAAGUGUCUGGUGAAUAGUUCCAUGUAUAUAAUUUCAUUCUUGGAACAGAUCUGUUCUGUUCUAAAGUUACAAAGAAUGGACCAUAUUGGUUAAAAUUGACUAAAGCAUAAUUGUAUAUUUGUUUCUUUGGUUUUAGCACUUUAUUGUGUUUUGAUGUUUAAAUGUACAUAUUUUUAAAUAAAAACUGUCUUAAUAUCCAAA